AUGGCCAUGUCCCAGGAGUCGUUGACCUUCAGGGACGUGUUUGUGGACGUCACCCUGGAGGAGUGGGAGCAUCUGGACUGUGCUCAGAAGAACCUGUACAGGGACAUCAUGCUGGAGAACUACAGCCACCUGGUCUCCGUGGGGUACCCAGUUGCCAAAGCAGAUGUAAUCUUCAGGUUGCGAGGAGAAGGAGAGGUCGGGACAGCAGACGGAGGUGGUCCGUGGACAAAUGGCCCAGAAUUCUGGCAUGUGGAUGACCAGAUAGAUAACCACAAGGAAAGCCAAGACAAACUUCUGUGGAAAACUGGAUUCAUAGAUAAGGAAUCACUGAAGGAUGAAAGUGAUCAGGAAUUCAGAGCAUGCAGAAAAAUAAUUUAUCCAAGCAUAGUCCUUGUUUCUAUAUGACACAGACUCUCUAAAUAUUAUUCAUGGAGAAAGUGUUCAAAACAUAAUUUAAACUUUCUUAGUCAAAAUAGAAUCUGUGUAAGAAAGAAAGACUAUGAAUGUAGGACAUAUUGGAAAUUAUGCUUCUGUUCUAAUAUUGGUAAAGCUCAACCUGGAGAGAAAUUACUUGAGCCCAAUCAACAUAGAAAAGCCCUCCACCAUAAGCAAACCCUCAAUAAAAGUCAGAGAAUUAAGACUGGGGAGAAAUUCUAUGAAUUUUCUGAGUGUGGAAAAGUGUUUAUCCAGAAAGCAAAUCUUGUUGUACAUCAAAGAACUCAUACAGGAGAGAAACCUCAUGAAUGCUGUGAAUGUGCAAAAGCCUUUAGCUGGAAGUCAACCCUUAUUGCAUACCAGACAACCCAAACAGGGGAGAAGCCCUAGGAGUGCAGCCAAUGUGGGAAAACCUUUAUCCAGAAGUCACCUCUGAUUAAACAUCAGUGAACUCAUACAGCAGAGAAACCAUUUGUAUGUGGCGAAUGCGCAAAAGCCUUUAAAAGUUCAUACCACUUUAUUAGAUAUGGAAAAAUACAUAUUAGACAAGCAUUUUAUGAAGGCAUCAAAUGUGUUAAGUCCAUCCUUACACAUCAGAAGACUUAUACAGGUGAGAAACCUGAGUGCAAUAAACAUGGGAAAGCUUUUGAUGAGAAGCUUGCCCCCAUUAAACAUCAGAAAACUCAUACAAAGAGAACUUAUGAGUGCACUAAAUGUGGUAGCUUCAGGGGAAAGUCACACCUCUUUGUUCAUCAGAGAGGUCACACAGGAGAGAAACCCUAUGAAGGCAGCAUAUGCAGUAAGACUUUCAGUGGAAAAUCACAUCUCUCUGUCCAUCACAGAGCUCAUACAGGAGAGAAACCUUAUGGAUACAGAAGAUGUGGGGAAGCCUUUGGUGAAAAGUCAACCCUUAUUGUCCAUCAGAGAACUCACACAGGAGAGAAACCCUAUAAAUGGAAAGCCUUCAGUGAGAAGUCACCACUGAUUAAACAUCAGAGAAUUCAUACGGGAGAAAGACCCUAUGAAUGCGGUGACUGCAGAAAAGCCUUCAGUAGAAAGUCAACUCUCAAACCAACAAAGAGCUACAUUUGA